AUUUUUUUAUGAUUUAAGAAAAAAGGUAAUAUAAAAAUUUUUGCGUGCAAAAUUAGGGCAACCUGAACCCUAUUUGUUAUCCUCUUGUCUGCGCCUCCUUCCUCUCUAGCUCUCUGGCGCUGAAGCUGAAGGGUUCCUCACUCCAUUUGAUUGAUCAAAAUGUACACUUCGAGGAAGAAAAUCCACAAGGAUAAGGAUGCUGAACCCACUGAAUUUGAAGAGACUGUUGCACAGUACUUAUUUGACUUGGAGAAUACCAAUCAGGAUCUGAAAAGUGACUUGAAAGAUCUCUAUAUCAAUCAAGCAAUUCAAAUGGAUGUGUCUGGGAAUCGCAAGGCUGUAGUCAUCUAUGUCCCUUUCAGAUUGAGGAAGGCUUUCCGCAAGAUUCAUCUUCGACUUGUCAGAGAGUUGGAAAAGAAGUUUAGUGGGAAGGAUGUUGUCGUGAUUGCCACAAGAAGGAUUGUGCGGCCGCCUAAGAAAGGCUCUGCUGUUCAGCGUCCCCGAACCCGUACUUUAACUGCAGUCCAUGAUGCCAUGCUGGAGGAUGUUGUGCAUCCUGCAGAGAUUGUUGGCAAACGGGUCAGAUAUAGAAUUGAUGGGUCAAAAAUAAUGAAGGUUUUCUUGGACCCCAAGGAGCGCAAUAACACUGAGUACAAGCUGGAGACUUUUUCUGGAGUUUACAGGAAGCUUACCGGGAAAGAUGUAGUAUUUGAGUAUCCGAUCACAGAAGCCUGAAUUAUUGCUUGGUUCAAUGGAGACUAUUUUAUUGCUUCUUUUUUCGAUUAACAUUACAUAUAUUGUUUUACUAUAUCCAAAAUUUUGACUUCUAGAUUUUUAUUUGAUGCUGCUUCCCCUAGACAGCAUUAAAAUUAUUAGAGAGAAUUUUCUGUGGCUAUAUAGAAAGUAUUUAGAGGGUGCCUGAUGCAGCCCUGAAUUUAAAUUGCAUUCUUUUGGGGUAAUCUUAUGCUUGACUUUGUUUGUUGUACUACUGUUAUGUUGUCAACUAAAUAGUCAACUUAGG